AUGUCGCAGGGUGGAAAGGAGGCUCGAGCUGAGCUGGGACCCCAGCCAGGGCGCCGGGGACACGAGCAGGGACAGAUCGGUGCUCGGUCCUCAGAGGGGAGCCGGGCGCUUGGACGCCAUCCCGGGCGGCCCCGCCUGCGCGCACCGGGCAGAGGAUCCGCGAGAUUCUGGGCGGGGAGAGGGAGGAGGCGGCUCCGCUGUUCCCGCCGCGGCUGCGAGGACUCGGGGUCAAGCCGCCCGGGAGGGUCAGCGGGGGCGGGGAGCGGAGGAAGCGGAAAGGGCCCGGCGGGGUGCAGGAGUAAGGCUGGCCCCGGGCGGUCGCUGACGGUCAGGGGGACUGUGGGUACCACUUUCUUGAAACCUAGAACUGAAAACUUGAAGUGUGAACAGAAGGAAGGGAGGCAAGGAAAAAAGUCCUACCAGAGAAGGACGGUUCUUCUCACCGUUUCCUCAGACCUCUCAGCCUUGGUGCCAUUAACAUCAGAGCCUCUUCAGAUCCCCCAGCUCUACACUUCCGGACUUCCUAUUUGGUCUGCGCCACACAUCCCUAGACAAAGCCUGAAUUCUGUUACACAUACAUACAUACGACUUGGAGCUGGCACGACUGUGCAUCAUCCAUGGCAUAAAACAGCCAACCUGACGAAUGCCACCUGGGAGACAGAUUGUCUCCCUCCCCUUGCAACGAUAAAAUCCACAGCUCAGCUCCUACAGCUCAAGACUAAGACUGCUGUUCUUCCAGUUCUUGAGCAUGGUCUACUCAUCUUCAUUUUCUGCUACCCAUCUCAAAGUAUGGCUCUCUGUAUGGCCAGAAGAAAAGGAAGCAAAGUCAAGGGCAGACUCAUACAUAGUUCUGCAGAAGUCUCACCCCUGUCAACUGCUUCUAUUUCACUAUCCAGAUCUAGAAUAAUGACAUAGUAAAUAAGCAACAGAACUGGAAUCACUUGGCUUCUCCAGACAGACCAAUCACAAGGAAGUGGGCAUGGUGAAGGCCCUCUUGGGUGGAAUUGGAGAUUCCCAACUGUGUCUGCAUUUUCCUAUGUAAUUUACAUAAUGCUUUGUGUCUUAAACUGGAAAGCAUUCUAUUAUUACAAUAUAGUUGCAGUCCUCUACUGAAUUCUUGAUAGCAGGCAACAAAAAGAAAAAUUACAAGUUAUUUCCGUCA